AUGGCCGAAGAAGAUAAUCAAUCACUUCAUAAUGAAAAUAAUGAGAAUAACCGUGCUAGAACACUUAGAGACCACAUGAAUCCCACAAGAACAAGUGCACCAUCAUGCAUAGUUUUUCCUCCUGAUGCAUCUCAUUUUAAUUUUAAACCAGGUAUUAUUCAACUUUUACCUUCUUUUCAUGGUUUAGAAUUGGAAAAUCCAUACUUGCAUUUAAGGGAAUUUGAGGAGGUGUGCAACACAUAUAAUAACUUAAAUUGUAGCAUGAACACCAUCAGAUUAAAGCUUUUUCCUUUUUCAUUAAAAGAUAAAGCUAAAACAUGGCUACAAAAUUUAAGACCAGGAUCCAUUCGUGCUUGGGAUGAAAUGCAACAACAGUUUUUGAAGAAGUUUUUCCCAUCUCAUAGAACAAACUCUUUCAAGAGACAAAUCACCACUUUCACUCAAAAACCAGGAGAAACAUUUUACAAAUGUUGGGAUAGGUAUCGAGACUUGCUUAGUACUUGCCCUCAUCAUGGUUUUGAAACAUGGAGAUUGGUUUCACAUUUCUAUGAAGGGUUAACACCUAAAGAUAGGCAAAUGGUUGAAUUGAUGUGCAAUGGAACUUUUGAAGAUAAAGACCCUGAUGAAGCAAUGGAGUACUUAGACUUGUUAGCUGAAAAUGCUCAAAAUUGGGACACCGCGGGUACUUAUGAGGCACCGAGUAAAACUCAACCUCAUACAUCUAGUGGAGGUAUGUACAACCUUAGGGAAGAUCAUGACCUUCAAGCCAAGUUUGCAUCUUUAGCUAGAAAAGUCGAGGCACUAGAAUUGAAAAAGAGUGGUCAAUUAAAAUCUGUUGAAAACAUUGUGUGUCAAAUCUGUGAAACAAAUGAACACUCAACCAACGAUUGUCCAACCUUGCCUUCUUUUAAGGAAUGUCUCCAUGAACAAGCCCAUGCUUUAAACAGUUUCCAAAGGGCCAACCACAACCCAUACUCCCAAACAUACAACCCUGGUUGGAGAAAUCAUCCAAAUUUCAGUUGGAAGAGUGAGAACAACAAUGCACAAACUUCACAACCACCAUUUCAAGCACACCACAAUUUCCAAAAUUCUCAUGGAUAUGCACCUCCUUAUGCUCCACCUCCUAGAAGAAAUCUUGAGGAAACAUUGCAUGCAUUCAUUGAAAAGCAAGAGACAAUCAAUACUCAACUUGCUCAAAACAUGACAGAUUUUAAAGAUACUCUUGCUAAAUUAACAUCUGCUCUUAGUUUCCAAGAGAAAGGUAAGUUUCCAUCUCAACCACAACAAAAUCCCAAGGGGCAAUACAAUGCAAAUGCAAGUAGUUCCGGAAGCCAACACAUGGAUCAAGUCAAAUCAGUCACUACUCUGCGCAGUGGUAAG